AUGAGCGCGGCCGUGGCCCUGGGCCGAUCGACUGGCCCGGCCCUACGGUCAAUUGGAACACUGUCAGCUCGACUGAACGCGUCUAGAGCUUCACAGGCCACACGAGUGCCCCAGUUGCGCCAAUUGAAUACCUCUCGCCGCCCCCUCCCGCGCCGAGUGCUCGGCUCAGCUCCCAAUGCCCAACUACUCCAGAUCCGCCUCCAGUCUGAUGCUACACCUGGGAGAGAUGCAGCGGCCAAAAAUGGAGCAGCGCCCAAGGGCUCCGUUCUCAUGAACUUGGCUCGAAAGACUGUCGCAUGGUGUGGUAUCAUGGUUAUUGGUACAACACUUGCCGUUGCGACCUUCUUUAUCUACGACGCUACUACGUACCGCGAAACUCCCACUGCUAUGGAUAUCCCUGUUUCGGAAUUGGCACUCAAUCCUCGCCGCGGAGGCCCGAAGAAUCUGCCCAUUGCGGAUUAUCUGGUCAGUGACUAUGAUUCGGAAGAAAUGCUGGCGCAGAAGGACAAGCCUCGCUUGGUGAUUCUGGGUACUGGAUGGGGUAGCAUUGCACUGCUGAAGAGCCUCCACCCUGGCGAUUACCAUGUAACAGUGGUUUCUCCCACGAACUACUUCUUGUUCACUCCCAUGCUGCCCUCGGCUACUGUCGGUACUUUGGGCUUGAGGUCUUUGGUGGAGCCCGUUCGUCGGAUCGUUGAUCGCGUUCAUGGCCAUUUCUUGAAGGCUUCGGCCACGGAUGUCGAGUUUUCUGAGAAGCUUGUUGAGGUCUCGCAGAUUGACAAGGAUGGUAACCGAAAGGACUUCUAUCUGCCUUACGAUAAAUUGGUCAUUGGCGUUGGUUGUGUAACGAACCCUCACGGAGUCAAAGGUCUGGAGCACUGCAACUUCUUGAAGACCAUCGACGAUGCUCGCCAGAUCAAGAACAAGGUUCUGGAAAAUAUGGAGCUUGCUUGUCUUCCCACCACAUCUGACGAGGAGCGCAAACGGUUGCUGUCCUUUGUGGUUUGUGGUGGCGGUCCCACCGGUGUCGAAUUCGCCGCCGAGUUAUUCGACCUGCUUAACGAAGACCUGCUCCGUACCCAUAUUUUGAACACUUAUGAUGAGGCACUUUCCAAGUUCGCUGAGGGCCGUUUUGCUCGCGACGGUGUCGAAGUCUUGACAAACGCGCGUGUUAAGGAGGUAAAGGACGACCGCGUUCUUUUCAGCCAAAUCGAGGAUGGCAAGGAGAUCGUCAAGGAGAUUCCUACAGGCUUCUGCCUGUGGUCAACUGGAGUUGCCCGCGCUGAGAUCUGUGAAACCCUUUCCAAGAAGCUCGAAGGACAGAACAAUCGUCACGCAUUGGAAACAGACUCGCACCUCCGUGUUAUUGGUGCCCCUCUGGGUGACGUCUACGCUGUGGGCGACUGCUCCACCGUGCAAAACAACAUCGCCGAAAAUAUCAUUCAAUUCCUGCGUACAAUCGCUUGGGAGAAGGGCAAGGAUCCCACUAAGGUCCAUCUUACCUUCGCUGAAUGGCGUGACGUUGCCCACCGAGUGAAGACGCGUUUCCCACAGGCCGCGAACCAUCUUCGACGCUUGGAUCGUCUCUUCGAGCAAUAUGACAAGGACCACUCCGGCACUCUGGACUACGGCGAGCUCAGAGAGCUUCUGCACCAAAUCGACACUAAACUGACUUCGCUCCCUGCAACCGCCCAGCGCGCUAACCAGCAAGGCGUGUACCUCGGUCACAAGUUGACCAAGAUUGCCGCUGCCUUGCCCGGUCUUCGCGCCAACGAGAUCGACUAUGGUGACCUCGAUGAGGCUGUUUACCGUGCAUUCAAGUACACGCAUCUGGGCAGCUUGGCGUACAUCAGUAACGCCGCUAUCUUUGACUUCGGCGGGUUGAGCUUCAGCGGUGGUGUUAUUGCCAUGUACCUCUGGCGCAGUAUCUAUUUUGCGGAGAGCGUCAGUUUCCGCACUCGGUGUAUGUUAGCGAUGGACUGGGCGAAGCGCGCUCUUUUCGGAAGAGCUAACUCCUUCUCACUUGCAACAGAUCUGAUGAGCUUUUAA